UUUGCGUGUGCUCUAAACUUUUUACCAUUAUUAUUUUCCAAUUAGACGCGUCGAAAUCGAACAAAAAUAUUGACAAAAUAUUAUUUACUGUGAAUAUAGUCCUAUGUGAUGUUUGUGAAGUGUAUUUAUGCAAGAACAUAUCAAGCUGCUGAAUACCAAAAGCACGCAGCCGUCGAGAGGAAUGCGCAACAAACAAACAAAGUUUUAGCAAAAUUGUUGUUGUGCCUUGUGUGUUGAUAAAGAAUAAAUGAAAAGUGCAAAUAUUGUACAACAAAGAGCAAAGCGUUAAUAUGCUUUAGUGAUGUGGAUUAUUAUGCAAAUUCCAGUGUUUUUAGUUUAGUGUCGCUGCCAGAAUUUGUUCAUUGAAAAUAUAAAAAAAAGAAAUACUUGGAAAAAAACUAUACUACUUGAAUGUGUGUGUUGUACCUCGCAUUAUCACUUACCCUUCGUUAUAUCUCGUACAAGUUAUCUUGAUUAAAUAUUAUACUAAGAAUACGGCGGUAUCAGCUGCCGGCAAAUCAACUUAAAGUCUGAAAUUAUACAUAUACAAACAUAGUUAAGUGAAACUGUAGUGCAAAAUUUAAAACGUGUCCCAAGUUGAAAGGGAAGAAGAAACCAAAAACAAUAGAGACGUAUCUGAAGACAACAAUAAAGGAAAACCGUAAAUUUUUUGGUUUUGUACAAGUUAGUUGUUUGUGAUAUGACUGCUAAAUAUCACAAGAAUGCAUCCAGCGGGCGAAAAAAGGGGUCGCCCCAAAAAUAAAUACACAGCUCAUGCCCUCGAAUCUAUCAAACAGGAUCUGACACGUUUUCAAGUACAAAGGGACAAUGGUGGAGCACAGAACUUCCCACCGAUGCGUUACAAUGCAGUCAACGGUGGUCGCUCCGAUCCGCCGGACUACAUGCAUGCCAAGCUGAUGGAACCCAUGCCUGCGGUAUCGCCUUUACCUGUUGCACCAUCACCGAAUCCCCAAUUAAACGGACAUGUGCCAAAAGUUCUGCCACCCGGCCUUAUUUCAGCAAAAUUGAUUCGAAAACCAAGUAUCGAACGUGAAACUCCGCUCAAUUAUCUGCACCGAUGCAGCCCAGCGUUGGACUCUGGGGCAGGCAGUUCGCGAUCGGAUAGCCCUCAUUCGCAUCAGCAAGUCACAAAUGCCGGACGCGUCAGCACAGGACAAUAUUCGCCGUCACCUUCAAGUUUCAGCGACGUUGGCCCACCAGCACCACCGCCACGGCAUCCAACAACGGCAAACUCCGCUACACCGCCACCACCACCGCCUAAUCAACUCUACAAAAGGCGAUCACCUGCUAAUACGAGGCCAGCGGCAAUUACACCCAAUCCGACAACGCGUGGCACCUCGCCGGUUAUUUUGCGGAAUGGCAUCAAAGCCCAACAACAGCUGUCACAAAUGAAGGCGCUAAGCUUAUAUCAGGCUGGUGGUAGCGCCGUUGAACCGCCACCACCACCGUAUCCUAUCAACACAGUGGUGGUGGCUACGUCAGCGCCACCGCCCAGCUACACCGCCUCCAUGCAAUCCCGUCAGUCACCCACGCAGUCACAAUCUGAUUACCGUAAGUCACCAAGCAGCGGCAUCUACUCAGCCACCUCUGCCGGAUCGCCCAGUCCUAUCACUGUGUCAAAUAGCGCGAUACUGCCACUGCAGCCGACUGCUGUAGCGCGUCCGCAGCCUCGUACCUACGCGCGCACUCAGCAACCAAUCAUCAUGCAGAGUGUCAGAUCGACGCAGGUGCAAAAGCCGGUUCUGCAAACGGCUGUGGCGCCACAGACACCGGUCUCGGCCUCGGCUUGCAAUUCGCCUGUACACAUCAUGCCCGCGCCACCCUCAUACCCGCAAAAAUCUGCUAUUGUUGUGCAACAACAACAAGCAGCUCAACAGCAAUCGCCGCUGUUGGCUGGUGGCGUCCCCACCACUCUCAGCACCGCAGUGAAGUCAUCGACGCCCACCACACCGCCGCUCAUUGCUAACGCGUUGAACGGUAGUGUGGUGAGCAAGCCGAUAUGCAUUGAGCCGCCUUCUUAUUCGGUGACGAUGCAGGCGAAGGCCGCACAGCAUCACCAGCAACAGCAACAAACAUCGUCAGCACAGUUGCGAGCUGCAGCGGCUGUAGCGUUGGCUGCACAGCAACAACAACAACAGCAGCAACAAAAGCAGGUGUGCUCGGUGCCAGUGCCACGACAAUUGCCGCCUCCGCCGCCCUAUCAGAGCACACGCGCUGCCGCAGCGCCACCGUCGGACUUAAGUGGCAACAACAAUCCGAUGGAUAUGAAGGCAAACGGCAAGGCAGCAGCGGCACUGCACAGCAAUAUGGUAAACAAUAACCAAAUCAUAAAUAGCAAUUUGACAACAACACCGCCAAUACCACCGGCGAAAAAUAGUGGCGGCAGUGGGGGCACAACUAGUUCCGGCAGUGGCGGUGGCGGCACAUCGCCGGCCGCAUCUGGUGGUGGCGCUGUAGGCAAAGGCGCCGAGAAAAUCAAGCAUGCUUCGCCCAUACCCGAACGCAAAAAAGUCUCCAAGGAAAAGGAGGAGGAGCGUAAGGAAUGUCGCAUAACACAGUACUCUCCACAGGCGUAUAAAUUCUACAUGGAGCAGCAUAUCGAAAACGUUAUCAAAUCCUGCAAACAACGCGCCUAUCGAAAGAAUCAGCUGGAGAAGGAGAUGUCACGCAUGUGCUUGCCGCAACAGGCGCAAGUGGAGAUGCGAAAAAUGUUAAGCCAAAAGGAGAGCAAUUACAUACGCUUGAAGCGCGCCAAAAUGAAUAAGAGCAUGUUCGCGAAGAUCCAAGACAUUGGCGUGGGUGCGUUCGGCGAGGUAUCGCUGGUUAAGAAGAUCGAUUCAACGCAUCAUCUGUACGCCAUGAAGACGCUACGGAAGGCGGACGUGUUGAAGCGUAAUCAGGUGGCGCAUGUGAAAGCAGAACGUGAUAUUUUAGCGGAGGCCGACAAUAAUUGGGUUGUUAAAUUAUACUAUAGUUUUCAGGAUAAGGAAAAUUUAUAUUUUGUGAUGGACUACAUACCGGGAGGAGACCUUAUGUCUCUUUUAAUUAAGAAAGGCAUAUUUGAAGAACCGUUAGCGCGAUUUUACAUUGCCGAACUGACAUGCGCUGUUGAAAGUGUACACAAAAUGGGUUUUAUUCAUAGGGAUAUUAAACCUGACAACAUACUCAUCGAUAAGGAUGGUCACAUAAAACUCACUGAUUUUGGAUUAUGCACGGGAUUUAGAUGGACACAUAAUUCAAAAUAUUAUCAAGAAAAUGGCAAUCAUUCGAGGCAAGAUUCAAUGGAGCCGUGGGAGGAGUAUUCCGAAAUCGGACACCGACCAACUGUAUUAGAAAGGCGACGCAUACGAGAUCAUCAAAGAGUAUUGGCACAUUCAUUAGUAGGCACACCAAAUUACAUCGCGCCAGAAGUGCUCGAACGGAGCGGUUAUACUCAACUUUGUGAUUGGUGGAGCGUAGGUGUUAUACUCUACGAAAUGUUAGUCGGACAGCCGCCAUUCUUAGCUAAUACACCAGUAGAAACACAACAAAAAGUAAUCAAUUGGGAGAAAACUCUACUCAUACCGCCGCAAGCAAAACUAACGCCUGAAGCCACUGACCUAAUACGACGCUUAUGCGCAUCGGCCGACAAGCGUCUGGGCAAAAACACUGAAGAGGUCAAAGCGCAUCCUUUCUUCAAGGGUGUUGAUUUUGCUGAUAUGCGGCAGCAAACUGCUCCAUAUAUUCCAAAGAUUGAAUUUCCCACAGAUACGUCCAAUUUUGAUCCAAUAGAUCCAGAUAAAUUGCGUUCGAAUAAUUCAAAUUUAAGUGGGGAUGAUUUUGCUUAUAGUGACAGUCAGUCCCAUGGAUUUUUCGAAUUUACAUUUAGAAGAUUUUUCGAUGAUCGAUUCAAUUCUGAGAUGACAGACGAUCACUCAAGCUAUCAGGACGUCGGAAAUACAACACAGAGCAAUCAUAAUGUAAACGAACAGUUUAUUUAGUCAUUUAAGUAAUUACAGCAAAUAGAAGGGAAACAUAAUUAUACUUUAAGUAAUGAUGUAUGUAAUUAGUUGUGUAGGUAUGGUAAUUGAUGAAAUGUCACAAAAAUCUCCUAGCAUGAUGUUAAUAAGAGCAAAGUUACACCUGACUGUUUUUGCAAUAUUUAUUAUAAAAUAGUAUCACCCACCGUUACUAAAAACAAAAAGUAGAUGACAUAACGAACAGGAGUUGCACUAAAGAUUUGUAUGUAUGUAAUUUACCAGCUGGAAUAUAUGAACGGUUCUUGUAAUAAAUAUGCCACGCAGUCUUUACGCUAAUUUUUUUAAUGUACUACAGUAUAUUAAACUAUUUUCGAUCUUGGCUUGUGCUCGUAUACAUAUAACAUGUAACUAAGUUAAAAGAUGCAAAAGAUUGUCGCAAGAAUUCGUAAUCCGUUCAUAUAUACAAGUGUAAAUUGUUGGUGGCAAUACUUUUUCAUAUAAAAAAAUUGUGUAAUAAAUAAAUAGUUACGCCAGCUGUUGUCCAGCUGUCAAACUGAUUUUAUAAUUAA